AUGCCGGCUCAAAGUUUCAAGAAGCUGGUGAUUGCCGUGGGCGGGACCUUUCCCAAUCUAAAACAAGCGGACUUGAAGUCGCUUAUUGAGAAGAAUGGAGCCACAUUCAGUACUGCGAUCACGGAUGAUUGUACACAUCUCGUGACCACUGAGAAGGAUGUAGAGAAACAGACCACCAAAUACAAACAAGCUUUCCAGCUCGCCAAUUGUCACAUUAUCCCACUUGCGUGGCUCCUUGAUUCAGACAAGGCGAAGAAACCAUUGGCGGAGUCGAAGUAUUCCUUCGGCCAAGUCGAUCAGGCGUCCCAGGCAGACGACAACGCACACACUAAGACUGCGGACAGCAUCGCAUCUCUUCCCGCAGACAACAAGCGUAUUACCAGGAAGCGAGGUGCAGAUGCGGCUUCUGCUGAAAAUGAUGCCGACAAAACGACAAACGGCGCCCAGAAGAAUGGAGCAAACGGCAACGAUAAAUCCUCCGGGGAUAAGAAGCCUGCAAGCAAGAAACGAGGUGCAGAUGAAGACACUGGUAAAAACGGUUCCAACAAAAAGACGAAGGACAUCCAGAAGACAUCCACAAAGGCAAUUAAUGUCCCAAUUGACGAGGGCUUUGAGAGCCUGGGUAAACUGAAGGAUCCCAAGGUAUACAUUGACAACGCAGGCCUCAUCUGGGACGCAACCCUGAGCCAGACUGUGGCAGCCAACAAUGCCAACAAAUUCUAUCGUGUCCAAUUGUUGGUCGGUGCGAACUCCAAGUAUUUUACCUGGACACGCUGGGGUCGAGUUGGGGAGCAUGGACAGUCAGCCUGUCUCGGAAAUGGCGAUUUGGCAAAUGCGAUGCAACAGUACGAGAAGAAGUUCAAAGACAAGUCAGGCCUCAAAUGGGAGAAACGACUCGAUACUCCUAAGCACGGGAAGUAUACUUUCCUUGAGCGCAACUAUGAAGAGGACGACGAAGACGAAGAGCCUGUCAAAAAUGAGAAGACUAUCAAGGAAGAAGAGGACGAGCCCAUGGCCGAGAGCGCCUUAUCAAAAGGGCUUCAAAAUCUCAUGUCCUUCAUCUUCAAUCGACAAAACGUUCUCGACACAUUGGCUGCAAUGUCAUACGAUGCCAACAAACUGCCACUAGGAAAGUUGAGCGACAGGACUUUGAAAAGUGGAUUUUUGGUUCUGAAGGAGAUAUCCGAGCUCAUGACCACACCAAACGUGUCACAAGAAAGAUACGGGCUGUCGUUUAAUGAUGCCAUAGAGACAUUGAGCAACCGGUAUUUCACCUUGAUUCCUCAUGUCUUUGGCCGCCAUCGGCCCCCGACCUUGAACACAAAUGCGCAGAUCAAGAAGGAAAUCGAUUUGCUAGAGGCACUGACGGACAUGGACGUUGCGAAUGAGAUCAUGGUAUCGUCCAAGCAAGACCAUGACAUUCACCCCCUGGAUCGCCAGUUCCAGAGUCUGGGUAUGAAGGAGAUGACCGAAUUGGAUCCCAAAUCAACCGAGUUCACAGAACUCGAGAACUACCUCCAGAACACACGCGGCGAGACACACAGCAUGAGUUACAAGGUAGUGAACAUCUUUCGCAUUGAACGCCAAGGCGAAAAUGACCGCUUCAAUUCAUCCGCCUACGCCAACAUCCCGAACAGCGACCGCCGCCUCCUCUGGCACGGAUCUCGGAGCACAAACUUCGGUGGUAUCCUCAGCCAAGGAUUGCGCAUCGCACCACCCGAAGCGCCCGUAAACGGCUACAUGUUCGGCAAGGGUGUUUAUCUAGCAGAUAUCUCCAGUAAAUCCGCAAACUACUGUUGUCCCUAUAACAGCGGGGGGAUGGGGCUGCUGCUUCUCUGCGAUGCGGAGCUCGGUGCGCCUAUGCUGGAACUCGACGGAGCCAGCUACAAUGCUGGCGAGGAAGCGCGAGCUGCUGGAAAGAUUGCGACGCUCGGCAGAGGUUCGAACAUUCCUGGGGGGUGGAAGGAUUCGGCAUGUUUGAAUCCGGCCUUGGCGGGUGUGAAGAUGCCUGAUAUGGCCAUUGGGGGUGUCAGGGAUGAUAACCGUCGGGGACUGAUAUACAACGAGUACAUUGUGUACGAUGUUGCACAGAUACGACAGCGCUAUUUGUUCCAGGUUAAGAUGAACUGA